AAGAAUUAGUUAAUGGUGUAGUUGAAGCAGAUGAUUUCGAUUGCAAUGAAGUUCAAGGUGAAUUUGUUGAUAUUUUUUUAUUAUUCAUUGUAUCUUGUUCAGUUAAUGAUCAUUUUGGUUAUUGUAAAGAAGAAAG